AUGCCCGUCCAGGAAAUCCAGUCUACACAGCAGUUCGACUCCAUCGUCAGCUCGCUGCCCCCGACCCAGCUCCUCGUCGUCGACUUUCAUGCCGCAUGGUGCGGGCCCUGCCAUGCUAUCGCCCCUGUGCUCGAGCAGCUCUCCGGUGUUUACCAGCAUGUCAAGUUUGUGAAGAUCGAUGUUGAUCAGCAGAGGGACCUCGCCUCGAGGUUCAGGAUCACCGCCAUGCCCACUUUCAAGUUUCUCAAAGCCGGUCGAGAAGUCGAACAGCUUCGAGGCGCUUCGCCUCCUCAGCUCCAACAGAUCAUCGCCAGACACGCCGGCGUCCCUCCUCCCACAGGUUCUUCCUCUUCCAAAGCCACCGGCGAGGUCACCGAGUCUCUCCUCCGACACGUCAUCUCUAAAGGCCUCAACUGCUUGAACGAGUCCAAGACCCACCCCCUGUCCUCCAUCCUUGGCCCGGACAGAGGACCCCGUGGCACUUCGUUCUUGGAGUCAGAUGUCGACCCCGAGCUCCUCAUCUCCAUCCCCUUCCAAGACCCCAUCAAGCUGAAGCACAUUUCCAUCUUUUCCGGCAUCUCUCCCUCCCAGGCGCCCAAGACCAUCAAGCUCUUCAUCAACCAGCCAAACAUCGGCUUUGACGAGGCGGACAGUCUGACACCGGCACAAGAGAUAGAAUUGACGGCGGACCAGGUCAAGGGGGACAAGAUUGAGUUGAGAUUUGUGAGGUUUCAGAAUGUGAGGAGCUUGCACAUAUUGGUCAAGGACAACCAAGAGGUUGAAGAGACCACGAGGAUUGACUCUAUCGAUCUCUUUGGUGCCGUUUCUGGAGACAAGGCCGCAGCUGCCCCUCAGCAGUCGGGAGCUGCACCGGGCGGCAGCAUGCUCGAGAGGCUCAUGGGUCAGAAGUAG